CAUGGAUGUUUUACGAUCGCUGCUCACAGACGGUUACGUGAUAUCCGACAAGAAGAUAAUAUCUAACAAUAGGAUAAUCGACAACAAGUACAUAGAGAUAGGACAAAGCACCUAUACACUCCUGCAAGUUCUGUUUUAUAUGCAGCACGAGACGAGCCCGUUCGAGACAUAUGCCAAGCUUGCCAUGGAGAAUGAUAUACCGGCGGUAGACAGCAAAUUGAUGUACUACCUGUCAGAGAGCGUACAUCCCCUCGAGAAGUACAACAAGAACAAGUUUGAUCUGCGAUACGAUUUCAGGUUCAUUUUAAACCAUGUGGUACGUAAGGAGUAUGUGAUCCUUGUGCCUCCCUCCUAUGCAUCAAAGAUAAACAUUUUUAACUGUGUUGGCGUGUUCACAGCGGGCACAUUCAAAAACCCGCCACUGGACACCUCAACUAUACUCGUGAAUGAGCGCAGGCUGAAGAGAAAAAUGGAGAAAUGCACAGCCGAAUUUAUAUUUCUGGUCAAAUGGCACAACGCGAUAAAUGCAGACGUAGUUGCUGUGUUUCUGGAUGGAAGUGAGUGGCAAAUUAACUCGCUGCUCGACAUGUACAGGGACAAGUACGAAGAGACAGGUACAAACGAUAACUUUGGUGUUAAUCAACCAGAUGCGUUCUUCAGCAGGCAUCGUAGAUGGUCCUGUCCGGUUUACCUCGUGCACACGGCUGACCAGCGGAUCUGCAACACCAAUUACGAGUAUGAAGAUGUGCUUGUUGGAAACGAAACGAAGAAUUUGAGGCUGAUGGAUAGAAUUUGGGGAGAUAUCGAGAAUUAUUUGAAACGCUCAUCGUUUUAAAUAAAAAAUAAAUUUACUGUGAUCUUGGCA